AUGUCGACAGGGAAAAAUAAGCUAGAGAAAGUGGUCGUCCACCCACUGGUCCUCCUUUCUGUGACCGAUCACUACACACGAGUCGGCAAGACUGGCGCAGGACGCGUUGUAGGAAUUCUCUUGGGAACGUGGACGAUGGGUGGCCGCGAGCUUGACAUCUCAAACUCAUUCGCCUUGCCCUUUGACGAAGACAGCAAGGAUCGCGAUAUUUGGUUCCUUGAUCACGAUUAUCUCGAUACUAUGUUUACGAUGUUCAAAAAAGUCAAUGCCCGAGAGCGCAUCGUUGGAUGGUACCACACGGGCCCGAAACUGAAAGCCAACGACAUGAAAAUCCACGAGUUGAUUCAAAAGCACAUGCCAGCUGGCCACGAUGCCACUUUAACCGUCAUUGACGUUGCGAAAACAGACAAUAAUACCGGCCUCCCGACUGAGGCGUACGUCGCUGAAGCUGAUAUCCGCGACGAUGGAAAGCCAGCUGAGAAGACAUGGAGACACAUUUCUUCUGCGAUCGGUGCUGAGGAAGCAGAAGAAGUCGGCGUUGAGCAGCUUCUUCGAGAUGUUUACAAUCCAACUGCCGGUUCGCUUAGCCAGAAGAUCUCUGCUCAACUUGCGUCGAUCAGAGGACUUCAUGGAAAGCUCGAGCAGUGCUACGGCUAUUUGACAAAAGUAGUCGACGGGAAGCUGCCUCCAAACCACCAAGUCCUGUACAACUUGCAGGACGCCCUUUCGCUCGUUCCAGAUCUUAUUCCACUCACGAAAUCGUUUCACAUGGAGACUCACGACCAGCUUUUGCCUGUCUAUCUCGCCUCAUUAGUGCGGUCGAUCGUCGCUCUCCACGGCCUGAUCAAUAACAAGCUUCAAAACUCCUCCGACAUCAAGCCAAAGCCAACGACGGAGAAGCCCUCCACCGAAUCAGAUAAGCCUGCUGUCGCUGUUAAAUAA